AGGCACGUUUGCUUUCCUUCCCCCACCCCCUCCCCACCCCCUCCCCUCUUCGCCCGCCCCAUGUUGGAGCUGCGAAGCGGGGCGCAGUUUUCUCUCCGGUCCGCGAGGGGAGCCUUCCUGCCUUUUCCCAGCCACAUCCUUGCCUCGCCUGGAAAGGACCGGCGCCUGGGUACCACCAAUCGCUCCUUAGGCGGACCUUGGCAGGGAUGUACUGACCGCGGGAAGGGAGCGCGGGGCGCCUCCUUAAGCAACUCUUGGGGCUCUUGGCUUCCAUUCCUUUUUUUUCUUUCUUUCUUUCUUCCGAGCCUCCUUUUUCGCUCUACAAAAUCGAAACAGUUGCAAAAGACUAACUGUUGAUCGCUCCAGCAAAGGCGAGGCGCGAAGCAAAUAAAACCAUCAGGGUUCUGGACACUGACGUAUUUUGGCCAUGGACGUAUUUAUGAAAGGAUUUAAUAAAGCUAAGGAAGGCAUGGUAGCAGCAGCAGAGAAAACCAAGCAAGGCGUGGCGGAAGCAGCAGGGAAGACAAAAGAAGGAGUUCUCUAUGUGGGAUCAAAGACCAAAGAGGGCGUGGUUCACGGUGUCACAACAGUGGCUGAGAAAACCAAAGAGCAAGUGUCAAAUGUAGGGGGAGCUGUUGUCACCGGAGUGACAGCCGUAGCCCAGAAGACGGUGGAAGGCGCUGGAAAUAUUGCUGCAGCCACCGGCUUUGUCAAGAAGGAUCAGUUGGCCAAACAGAAUGAAGAAGGCCUUACACAAGAAGGAAAUAUCGGUAACACAGAUCCAGCAGAUCCAGAAAAUGAGGCCUAUGAAAUGCCGCCUGAGGAAGAAUACCAGGAUUAUGAACCUGAAGCUUGAAUCUCCUCUUUCUUUCUUUCUUUCUUUCUUUCUUUCUUUCUUUCUUUCUUUCUUUCUUUCUAUCUAUCUAUCUAUCUAUCUAUCUAUCUAUCUAUCUCUUGCUACCUGUCAACAAAAACAUCUUGUCCUGUACAAGUGCUGAGUUCCAAUGUGUAAACUACUUUUUAUAGUUUUUAUAGUGUCUUGAAGUUUUCCAUCUGCAGUGAAUGGAGCAUCUAUAAUUGUGUUCAGUUUCCAUGUCUGUGACCAAUCUCCGCCUGAAAUGGAGCCUGGGUCCAAGAGCCAUUGUUGUUGUCUGGAUAUUGUGGCUUCAAGUUCUAAACACCGAAAACAAUUUAAAUAACACCUAAGUGUCUACUCCUUAUUUAGAAAGCUGUAAAUGUUUUGUUGAUAGAUCAUUGGUAAUUUAGUAUCGUUUAUGGUAUGGAAGUUUUUAAAAUGUUUUCUAUGGUCAUUCUUCGCUGUCUGAGAAUGACCUCAUUGUGAAAGUUGUUAAUAUAUUUCUAUACAUAUAUACAUAUAUAUAAAGUAACUGAGCAUGAACUAUGCACCUAUAAAUAUUAACUGUGGAAUAUUACUGUUUUGUGAUAGGUUUUACUAACCUGUAUCUGUAAAUAAAGAUGGCCAACUGGAAUAAAUAAAACACAUUGACUGUUCAAAGAGAAACUGCUAAAUUGGCUCUGAAUAAUUC